AGAUUAAAAACACAAACAGUCCAGUCAGGCCUCGCUGCUCCAGGUAGUCCUCCAGUCUGCUGAAGACCAGGACUGAAUCACAGCCUUUCUGUAGCAGAAAGCAGUGCAGCUGCUGUUUUUAAGACCAUAAAUCUCCCUGAUUACUGCCAGUCUGCUGCUGCAUGGUCUACAGCUGUAACGUAGCAGGUACCUGUAAUAUUUUGCAGAGCAGUGUGAGUUCAGAAAGAAAAAUGAAGUGAAUGAGAGAGCUGCAAAAGCAGAAAGUGUUGGGAAACGUAUCUGUUUCCCUUCAGGGGCGUGUUGGAGCAAAAUCAGGAGGUGCAGAGACCUGCUGAGUUCAUGUUGCAGAGGGUGGAGAAGGAGAGCUGGCCACAGGACGAAUCAGGAGGGAAGAGUGGAGGGAAAAAAUAAAACAGAAAAGAAGGAGCAGGAGUCCAAAGCUGAAGAGGAGAAAGAGAGCUGUGGAGAGCCGGCGGAGCAGAGCGGCGGCAGGAGCGACGGUGGGCGGGGAGAGAGAGGAAGUGUGGUCGACAGGAGAGGAAUUUAAAGUCCCAUUGUUCUGGAAGAGCAGACGCAGAGAGAGCUGAGGAGCCGAGGAGUCGAACCACCGACAGACGCUGGACAGUAUGGACGUGACCUCAGCUGUGGAGAAGAUGUCUGUAAAGCAGAGUGCAGGAGGUGCAGCGGUGUGUCUUGUAUGUAACGGGAGCUGCUCUGGAUUCCAGCCACAUUCUUGGAGGAAAGCCUGUAUAGCCUGUGGCUGCAGCACGAUCGACCACGCUCCUGGAAGUGACGUCGAGGAUGACCAGCGAAUGGGACGCCUGCUCGCAGACUCGCCUUGCUCCCAUUUGACAGCGAAGGUUAAAGGAGGAGGCGGCCUUCGGAUGUACAAGAGGAACCGAAUGAUCGUGACCAAUCCGGUGGUGUCGCGUAAAGACCCGACCUUCAACACCACGACAUACGAUUGGGCACCGGCCGGCCUCAACCAGACACUGGCUAUGCAGUACAUGGAGCUCCUCCCAGAGAGUCAGCGUCCUGUCUCGGGGACUGAAGGAGCGUUGGAGCGACGCAGGCAGCUCUUCAGUCAGCUCCCCAUCUAUGAUCAGGACCCCAUGAAGUGUCAGAGCCUGACCAGUGAGGAAGAGAUUUCCUCCAUGCUGCUGUUUGUGAAGCAAUACAAACAGGAGGUGCUGGGAGUCGGAGAGGUGGCCUUACCUGGUGAUGGCGGCGCUCUGAGGGAAGCAGCCAUUCAGAGGACAGCGAAGGAGGCUAAGGACCGCAGCAACAGCAACAAGAAGGAUGCUCUGGAGCACCAGGGCCACGGCUCGACCAAUAGCACCGCUGCCUCGGCUGCUGGAUCCACUAACGGAACAGAUGACAGCAUUAAGACUGAAUAUCGGUGUACUGGUUGCCACGGCGAGGUCGCCAAGGAGACUCCAGCUGUUCAUGCUGAGCGUGCAGGUUACCACAGCGCCCUGUGGCAUCCCACCUGCUUUGUGUGUUCAGAGUGCGGCCAGGGAUUGGUGGACCUGGUCUACUUCUGGUCCGAUCAGAAGCUGCUCUGUGGAAGACACUACUGUCAGACGGUCUGGCCGCGAUGCUCAGGCUGUGACGAGCUGAUCUUCUGCAAGUCAUUUCACACAGCUAAAGAUGGACAGACGUGGCAUCAACAGCAUUACUGCUGCUGGAAGUGCGGCCAGAACCUGGAUACACCCUGUCAGCACUGAGACACUCACACAAUGUAGAAAUCAACAAAAUGUGGUUUUAAGAAGUUUUAGCACUGCUCAACGACAGAGUUACACGGUGCUUCAGAGACGGAGAAGCUGUGCUGAAUAAAAAUAAUGUAAGACAAAAAAUAUGAAUAUGUAGUCGGUUAACUUGUUUUAUAUAAAACAAAAGAACUAAGUACCAGAUAAAUAAUACGAAAUAAGUAGAGCUUAAAAGAUUUAAAUUAUAUGUUGACGUGUAGUAUUUUAAAUACUUUAUCUUACAAAGAGAAAACGUCCAGUUGAUAUAUUGAUGUUUAAAAUACUUAAACCAUCUAGCUGACACUGAAGUACUCAAACACUUGUUCAGUUGAGCCUCCUGGUGUUUCAAGUACUUAAGUAAAUGUUUAGUUGACACAAAGUGUUUAAAGUACUUCAGAAACAUUUGUUUGAUUUAUUAGCACUUAAAGUGCCGACAGUGUCCAGAUGUACUGGUUUCAGAUAAAACAGCAGCUCAAAGUACGGAGGACCAAACCUGACAAUAAACAAAUAACAUGAGAAAUAAAUAUAUUAGUACAAAUAAAUAAAAAUAAAUAAAUAAAAUGAAAAAAGACAAUUAAAUGUGAUAUCUCAACUCAUCCAAAACAGAUUAAAGAUAAAUUAUAUUUUAACUAAUUUCUAAGAUGUCAGGUUUGAAUCUGUUUGUGUUUCACUUGUUAACAUUUAGGCCAAAUCAGGAAAUAAAUAAUCUAAUUGUUUGAUUUAACCGUCAGAUAACUGGACAGGCAGAAUGCUGGAAAAGGCAUUUAACUAAUUACUAAUAACUAAUAUUAACUUAAUUAGUCUGCUGGAUCUUUUAUUGUUUUUCCUACAGUAGAUUUUAAUCUUUUAACUAAACUUGGGUCGUGUGUUCAUUAAUGUAAUUCUCUUCUUUCUUUUCUGCUUGACGAGUUAUUUCAGAUCCAUUUUGCAUUUAACCUCUUUCAUGAACGUGGAUCCCUGCUGCUGCUAAACGUUGCUUCAUGUUCCUGAUAAAGUUUUGUAUUUACACUUAAUAAAGGUAUUUUUUUAUAGUAAGACCUAAGAUAAUCUAAGAUAAAACCAAGAGGAGAGGACUGUGAGUUACACAGUUUUGGCCAAAAUAAAGACAUGUUAAGUGGUCUGCACUAGACAGAUAUCAAUUAGCAUUUUAUUUUAAUCUUUCAAUUACUUUUUGAAUUGAUUGCUGUUAACUGCAGCAAAACACUAAUUGUUUUAAAACAAGGACAAUCUUUUAACUAUCAGCAUUGUUUGACGUGAUUAGCUAAGUAUGUCGCUUAUUGUUCAACAGGAUAUUAUCUGUGACAGACGAGAUAAUACAGUAGAAUAUAACAAAUUUAAUAUUAAUGCUGUUAAUCUCUCUGUGUGUCCAGUAUGACGUGUUUAGCCUAGCUUAGCACAAUAACUGGAAGUGGGGGGAAACUGCUAGCCUAGCUCAGUCAAUUGUGAAACCCUAUGAGAUGAGAUAUUAAUCUUCGCCUGGGUAAGAUGUUAAACAAGGAUUUUUAAAAAUCUGCUCUGUGAAGGAAAUUUAAUUUGUGUUAUAGGCUAAUGUAAGAAAUGUAGAAGAACAUAAUACAGUUUAAGUUUUAAAUGAAGAAGUUUGAUUCUGUUCACUUCACUUGUUCAGUGCUUUUUACAUUGUGGGAUAAAUCCGACAACACAACUACAAAAUGACACCAAUUACUGAAUUUUACAGUGAAUUAAAGUCACAUUUUACUGUUUAAAAUCAGCAGUUAAGGUGUUUUUAUUAAAGGUUUUAAUGUGAUGAUGUCUUGAUAAUUCCCAUUUAUGGUUGCAUGAACUGUUCUGACUUUUGUUUCUGCAUCCGAAGAGAUUUUUCUGCUGUUUUCACAGCUGAUUGGUUGGAAUUAAAGUUACUUCUGAUUGAA